AUGGCGCAGAAGGAGCAUCUCUCUACGAUCGGCGACUUGACCUCUGGAGUGCCAAGUGUGGCUGGGUUGAAGAAGAAAAUCGAGUAUCUCGAAUCGGAACUUGAUGCAGCGAAAUUAGCUCUCGACGAACUAGAGCAUGCUAACGAAGAAGAGGAGAAUGAUCCCGAUGACGACCAAAUUGAAGCAUCUUCUAACGAAAUAAAGGAACUUCAGGAGAGCUUCGUGAAGAGAAUCAAAGACUCGAGAAAUCCAACGAGCAGACACAGGAUCAAGUGCAGAGUGAUGUGCAAGAGAUGGAUCAGAAAAUUCGGGAGCUUCAGAAAGAGAAUGUUCACAAUGAGCUGA